AUGAUAGGACAGAUACUAAAUGAUCUAAGUUUCGAUUUAUUAAAAGGGGAAUCAUUAGUCAUACUUGGCGGCUCAGGAAGCGGCAAAUCUGUACUGACAAAAACAAUUAUCGCCUUGCUUGCUCCAGACUCAGGGUCUGUUAAAAUAAAUAGUAAAAGCAAAAAUAAAUUUGGGGUUUUAUUUCAAAAUUCCGCUUUAUUUGACUACGUUACAGUGUGGGAAAAUAUAUCUUUUAAUUAUAAAAAGCGCUUUAAUAUCAGCAAAAAAGAGGCAAAACAGCUAGCAAUCGAGAAGUUAAAUGAUGUUAGAAUGGAGGAAAGCAUAGCAGAUAUGUUUCCAAUAGAGCUAUCAGGUGGAAUGAAAAAAAGAGUAGCACUUGCAAGGGCGAUUGCACAUAAUCCAGAAAUUAUCGUAUUAGAUGAGCCAACUUCAGCAUUGGACCCAUUUAUGAUACGACAGAUAUAG